UUGAUCUAACCGUGUACGUUGGCGCCACUGGAGAUGUAUGAUGUUUAUAGUUAGUAGUUACAGAUACAAAGGAUAGGCCGGUGGAUAACCGGUGUAUGUUGUAUGUGCGAUUAUGCGUAGUUGGUAGUUGUCGAGUCAGAAGAGCAUUGUAGAAGUGGAGGCAAAAUGUUUGCGGUUGUGUUUUACGCAGCUAUGUUAUUUGCUACUACAGACUCUGCUGUUAUAUUUUUUGGAAACUUUGAAAAUGAAGUGAACAGAAUUGAAGAUUUGGCAAGAGAAAAUGCUCAUGAAGCAGAAGAAUGGAUGCAAAAUGAAGACAAUAUGAUAGAAAAAUGGGUAAAAGAAAAGUCUAAUGAAACUGUAGAAUGGGUUCAAGAUGAGACAAAAAUGGGAGAAAAAUGGGCAAAAGAAAAGUUGGAUGGUGCUGAAGACUGGAUACAGAAUGAGGCAAAGACUGUAGAAAAAUGGACCAAAGAAAACUACAAUGAAGCUGAAAAAUGGGUAAAGAAUGAGAAAGAGAUUGGAGAAAAAUGGGCUAAAGAAACAUUAAAUGAGGUUGAUGGUUGGGCGCAGAGUAAACUAGUGGAGACUCAGAAAGUUGUGAAAGCUCUAAUGCCCAAGUUUAGCAGUGACAAAUGUGUGUGUUACCAUCAGACCUGUGGAUGUUGUGUCCAUGCAGAAGAACCAGAAAUACAUUUGAAUAGCACAGUUUGUGUAAAUGUGACGUACCUGUCAGAAGAUUAUGGCAUUUCUUUCACUGUUACCCUAAACAACCACACACUUUACAAUGAAACUGUAUCAGUAAGAAAUCCUCCUCCGGUAUGUGUGGGAUUCCCUUACGUGAAGGAAUUGGCAGAUAUAUGUAUACGGCUGUAUGACAUAGAUGCAAAGAGUCGUACAUUUCAUGCUUGUGCACGUCUAGAAGCUCGUAUGAAAUUUAUCAUUAUUGCGCAUUAUGAUCUUGGAUGUUUUACUAUUGGAUCAUCAUCUGUUGAGGAUUCAAAAAAAAAGAAUGGCUUAGGCACCCACCACCCAUCUGUAAUUCUGAUUUAAUGCAUAAUAACUUUUCUUUUAGGUGUAUGUAGUGGAUUUUUGUUACUGAAAAAAUCAUGACUUGUUCGUAUUGUCAAAGGAUUGUAGUUUUAGAUAAUGUUUACAUGUUUAAGUGACUGUUGUUUUGAAGUUAAUUUUGUAUUAACACAUGAGAGCUUUAGUUUUGCAGGUGCUUAAUGAUUUGUUACGAAAUGUUUGAUUAUUGAUGUUGCCAUUUUAAGUAAAUUUCUAUUAAGCAUAAGCGGAAUGAAUUAUUGCUUCUCGAGAGACUAAUAUAUAAUUUUAUUGAGUGACUAGAUGAGCCAGUAUUUGCUACGAUGUCUUGAACUGUAAAUGCAAGUGAGGGAGGGAGGGAUGAUUUAAGGGAAAUAUUAAAGUUUAUUUGUAGCAUAGAAAAUUAAAUUUUUUUCAUGUUUGAUACAGCAGUUGCUUAACGCAUUGAGAAUAAAUAACAAAUAUUUAUGUUUUCACACAUUUUGAAAGAAAUUAAUAUAGAAGUCACCAAAAAUGCAGAUCAUUUUACGACCAAUUAUUACAAAACCUUAAUAAUUUACUCUCCAUGGCAAGACAAAUGUCCCAGUUUUACAAUAUUAAGAAUACAUUCAAUUAAUGAGGUACGUGUGUAACACAAGAACUCUACAAAUAAAAAUUUCAUGGUUUACACAUUAAAAUGCUAUAUCUUGAAGUACGGAAUAUUUGCAAUAGUCAAUACUUGAUAACACUAUCAGAUGUAUUUACACACUCAUUCAACUUCAGAAUGAUGAAAUUCACAAAUUUUAUACAAUGAUGUAAGAUGGUAAUCUCUGUAAGUUUUUGCUCUGAACAUAUCCAGUACCAAAACUGCAUUAUAUAGUUGAGCACAUAAGGAAAUUGUUCCAUAUUUUAAAUAAUCAAUAGGUUGGGGUGUUAUCUACUUUCAUAUUAGUAUUGUAAUGGGUGACUUCAUUCUCAAUAUUAAAGGUAUUCUGGUUUUCAUUUACAAAAUUCCUACAUAUUGACUGAGAACUUUCAUUAUUCCUAGCCAAGUAAGGACAGGUAUGCAGUGGCCCAGCUUUUUACGUAAUGUUAUAAUUGUAAUUGGUUUCUUCUGGAGCAAGAUGACACUCUCUUUUGUAGCCUGAUGCUUGCCCCCUCCCCCAGUUGUAAACCAUGGCUAAUGUGACUUCGAAAGAGUGCAUAGGCACUCUUAAAAAAUACUGUCAGUCAUGGAGUAGAGAAGUUUCACAGAAAAUUUGCUGUUUUUUAACUUAAUUUAUUUUAAUUUUUUAUAGUGUUAAUAGGACUUUGUCAUACUGAAUAGUACAUCUGCUUCAGUAAUUACCUAAGUUGAAUCUUUCCCACUAAUGAUACAGGUUGUUUUAAAACUCUACAGUAAAACAAGAAGAAAAUAGUCUGGUGAACAUGUGCUCUAAAAUACAUACCUUAAGAGAUACAUCUACAUGACUACUCUGCAAUUCACAUUUAAGAGCACUUGUUUGUAUUCAGUACUGUGAAACAUCUCUCUUCAAUUGAAAAAGUGCUCAUCGGCCUUAAGGUAUGCAUUUUGGAGUCUGUGCUUAAGACAUUUUUCUUCCUUCUUGCUAUGAGGUAUCCAUUCCUGAAGUUUUACCAUCAAGUUUUGAAACACCCUGUAUUACAUCAUCUGCAGACAUUUUUGCUGUAACUGUUUGUGCUCUCUCUUUUAUGUACUCACAGAGUGUAUUGUGGUGUGAUGCUUGUGUUGCUAAAUAAUUAAACACCUUUCAAGCCACUUUCACCCAUAUAAUAUUGACUGUUGUUUAGUCUUUGAGAAACAAAGGUUGUGAACAAUAGUUUUAGGAGGUUGUUCAUUCUGACCUAGUAGUUCAACUAUGGAGUUUCCAGUGAAUCCAGUCUCAAUGUUCACUGAAUAGCAUUCCUUGUUCAUCAUGUGCUCCUCCUGCGGGGAUAACACAGUGACUGAAUCUUACGUUUUUAUUCUGUAUAGGCAUUUUAUCUGCAUCCACAUGCAGUCUGUAGUUUAUUUAUUUUAUGUAAAUAAUCCUGUUGUGUGUAUCACUAGAAUUGUUAUGCUUUCUGCUGGUGAUGUAUUGAUUCCAUGGUGCCAUUAUCAUUCUGUGAUAGAUUUCUUUUUUGUGAUAAUGCUGUAUGAUACUACUUAGAAAUGUUUGCACAGAACAUUAUUGAUGUAACUUAAUUGUAAACUGCUAUGAUGCAUGGUUACGUAGACUGUGAAAAGUUAUAUUUACUAUUAUUCUACACAAGAAUCACCUUAAAAAAAAAAAAAAAAUGUACCUUACAUUCGUGUGCUGUGUCGGAACAAUUUAAAUUUUGAUGCAGUUGUCUCGAGCUACGCCAUAUUUAUGAUGACUAUUAAAAUUGCAUAAAGAUGCUCCUUUCAUAGUCUUUGUUCUAUGGAGAUUUUUCACAUCUCUGUUUUGGUAAGUUGUAGAGAAUUCAUUUGUAGCAAGGAAGACACAUUUGUUACUUAAUUGAAAAAUAAGGAUCAGUCUAAAAAUAUUUCACAUGAAGCAUUUUUUAAUGUAAAUUUUUUCGUAAAACUUGUUCCAUUGUUCUAAAUGUGCAUCCUUAUUUUAUUCCAGUUUUUUAAACUACUUAUGUUGUGAAUGAAUUGCUACUCUUUUUUUACACACAUUUUAUGUAAUUCUGGAAAUAUUUCCAGCAAAGUGUAAUAAAAUAUUAAAAUAU